AUGUGUCUAUCUUGUAUCUUUCUUUAUAUUUAUUAUUAUCUCUUUGAAUCAUUUUGGUUUCUGAUAAAAAUCAUUAUAAAUAUCAUGCAGUAUUUAUUUAUUAGGGUUACUGUAAAUGAUUAUUGUAUUUUUUAAUAUAUUAAAAGAUGAAUCAUAGAUAACAUCAAUCUCAAUAACAAAUACAUACAACAACCAAAAAAUCUCAUUUUUAUAUUCAAUCGUAUUGCUUAUUAUCAUCUAUUUUAGACAUAAAAGUGAUCCAAAUAUUUAACAUGAAAGAGAUAAAAUGUUUUCAAAUAUAAAAUCAAUCAUUCAAAAGAAUGAAACUAUUCUCUCUUCAAGAUUAGAGACUACUCCUAUAAUGAGAAAAAAAAAUGAAACUUCAAAAACUAGUUGCACUUGCAAUAUAUAAUGA